AGCGUACGUAAAGGCUCCACCAGCCCAUCCCGUGCACUGACGACAAUGGCAAGCUUAAAUGUCAACGAGCAGAGUCUCCCUAAGCUACUAUUCAUAGCACUCUGUCUCUGCACUCUGCAGCAGGCAGCGUCACUGCUCACCCAGCCCAGGCAUCACUCCCUGCGAGCCGCGUCAAGUCCAGGCCCCAUGGGCGCCGGCGACGACACCGCGCCGGCCAAGGCCGCCAUGGAGGUGUCCUCGGUGUCCUCGUCGUCGACCUCCGCCUCCACGGCGCCAUUGCCGCCACCGUCGGUGCUCAGGUCUGUGCUGAUGUCGUACGCGUACGUGGGCAUCUGGAUCAGCCUGAGCUUCUCGGUGAUCGUGUACAACAAGUACAUCCUGGACCCCAAGAUGUACGGGUGGCCCUUCCCCAUCUCGCUCACCAUGAUCCACAUGGCCUUCUGCGCCACCCUCGCCGCGCUGCUCGUCCGCGUGCUCCGCGUCGUCGACGUCCCCGCCUCGCCGCCCAUGACGCCGCGCCUCUACGCCGCCUCCGUCGUCCCCAUCGGCGCGCUCUACGCGCUCUCGCUCUGGUUCUCCAACUCCGCCUACAUCUACCUCUCGGUCUCCUUCAUCCAGAUGCUCAAGGCGCUCAUGCCCGUCGCCGUCUACUCCCUCGCCGUCGCCUUCCGCACCGACUCCUUCCGCCGCGCCUCCAUGCUCAACAUGCUCGGCAUCUCCGCGGGCGUCGCCGUCGCGGCCUACGGCGAGGCGCGCUUCGACGCGUUCGGCGUCGCGCUCCAGCUCGCCGCCGUCGCCGCCGAGGCCACGCGGCUCGUGCUCAUCCAGAUCCUUCUCACCUCCAGGGGCAUGUCCCUCAACCCCAUCACCUCGCUCUACUACAUCGCGCCCUGCUGCCUCGCCUUCCUCACCGUGCCGUGGUACGCCGUCGAGCUGCCCAGGCUGCGAGCCGCCGCGGCGUCGGCGGCGGGGCCCGACGUGUUCGUGUUCGGGACCAACUCUCUCUGCGCCUUCGCGCUGAACCUGGCCGUGUUCCUGCUGGUGGGGAAGACGUCGGCGCUGACCAUGAACGUGGCCGGCGUCGUCAAGGACUGGCUGCUCAUCGCCUUCUCGUGGACGGUGAUCAAGGACACCGUCACGCCCGUCAACCUCGCCGGCUACGGCAUCGCCUUCCUCGGCGUCGCCUACUACAACCACGCCAAGCUGCAGGGGCUCAAGGCCAAGGAGGCCGAGAGGAAGGCGGCGGCGACCGCGGUGCCCAAGCCGGAUGACGCGGAGGCGGCAGCGCGGCUGCUGCCGGAGAAGGAUGGCCGAGAUGGUGACCGCAAAAAUUGACGACGCUUCCAAAAUGAAUAUUGGACAUGUCGCAAUGCAAUUUAAUCAUUCCUCUUGAGAAACUUUGGUUUAGUUCUCGAUCGGACUAAUGUUGUUUAAGUUUUUUUAUUCUUCAGUACAGGAACUGCAAAGGAUAAAUGAUUUGGAAGGAUGUUUAUUUGUGGUGAAAUGAAAAGCUGAGUGGUAUAAUGAUUUGGAAGUA